UUGAACUAGAAGCUCUAAAAUGGGUUCUUGGAUACGAGGCAAGUGCAUAGGUAAGGGCGCGUUUGGCAGCGUCAGCGUCGCGUUUCGCAAACGCGAUGGUUCGAUAUUCGCGGUGAAGUCCGUGGGCCUCAAAACGGGUCUCCCGGGUCAGCUGGAGGCCCUGGAGAACGAGAUUCGGAUCCUCCAACGCGUCUCGUCCUCGCCGCACGUGGUAACCUUCCUCGGCCACGACGCCACGUGCGAGCAACGCAACCUCCACAUCGAGUACCUGCCAGGUGGCACCCUCGCUGACCUGGACGCUGACGUGGACGAGUCUUUACUCAGAAAAUACACGUGGUGCCUCGUCAGCGCGCUGCGCCACGUGCACGCCAACGGCGUUGUUCACUGCGACGUCAAGGGGAGGAACGUCCUCGUCGGCGCCGGCGGUGCCGGCUGCAAGCUCGUCGACUUCGGAUCCGCGGCGGAGUUCUCCGGCGAGGGGCUCCCCGCGGCGGCGACACCGCGCGGGAGCCCGCUGUGGAUGGCGCCGGAGGUGAUUCGCCGCGAGCGCCAGGGGCCGGCGGCGGACGUGUGGUCGCUGGGAUGCACGGUGGUGGAGAUGCUCACCGGAAAACCGCCGUGGCCGGGGAGCGCCGCCGUCGAGGCGCUGAGUCGGAUAGGUUUCUCCGGCGAGGUGCCGGAGUUUCCGAGGCGGUUGUCGGAGCUUGGCCGGGAUUUCCUGGAGAAGUGUUUGAGAAGGGAACCGUGCCGGCGGGGGGGGGGGGGGUUUUGUUAG